AUGUUCUUCUACAGGCCGCGUAAGCGGCAUGUGCCGCCGCGGAUGAUCUACUCGCAAGCGUUCCGUAACGAGCAGUUCAGUCCAGCGGUUGCACUAUUCUCAGCGGCUGGACUUAUUCGUACCACCGCUGGUAUUCAUGAAGAGGAACGUGCUGCCGCCUCUACUAAAAAGCAUCCUCCUACAACCUCAGCCGCUACAAGUAAGUUCAUUUCUCCAUGUUUCGUCGCUACGUAG